GCAACGAGCCGGCGACAACUGUAACUUUAGCAGCUGAGCGCGAGAACAGUCCAGCAUCAGAAGAGCAUCACAAACACACGCGCUUACUCUUAUUUACACACAACCAGAUUUCGGCAUGAUGCUUCAGCACCCUGGUUUGGGUCCGUCAGAGAUCAGUGCGUCAGCUUUGGUUCCCUGUCUCUCUCCGCCCGGCUCUCUCACGCUGGACGACUUCACCAACUUCACUCCAUUAGUGAAAGAGGAGCUGCGCUACGCCAUCCAGAACAAACGCCUGUCCAACGGCAUAAGCAGCCUGACCACUGACAGAGCCUGCAUGAACACUGAGAGACCCACCGAACUACCUGUGAUGAAGCGAGAGACUGUCCCAGAGGAGAAUGACCGAAGGAGAAGAAGAAGGGAAAGAAACAAAAUUGCAGCAGCAAAAUGUCGGAACAAGAAAAAGGAGAAAACCGACAAUUUACAAAAGGAGUCCGAGAAGCUGGAGUCCAUCAAUGCGGAGCUGAAAGCCCAGAUCGAGGAGCUGAAGAACCAAAAGCAGCAGCUUGUUUACAUGCUCAACCUGCACAGGCCCACCUGCAUCGUCCGCGCUCAGAACGGCCAGACCCCCGAAGACGAGAAGAAGCUUUUCAUCCAACAAAUCAAAGAAUCCACACUCCAGGGGCUGGGUUUUACCACCAAUGGACCAACACACACCGCCAUACCAACCAGCUGUGGGCAUCUGUGAAUCACAAACUCUCCAGGCAAACAAGCUAACGGCUCGCCAAGGAACACUGGAAGGUUUGCCCAAGUUUAAAAAAACAGGACUAAACACGGGUGCCUGCCAUGCUGCCAAUCAAGGUCGGUCUGAUGUACACUGAAAGAGACUAAAAGCACUAAAAGUGUUGAAGGACAUUCAAUGCGUUUUCACUUAGUUAUUUAAAUGUGUUCCUCAUUGUACUGUUUAACAUGAUAUGCUUUUUUUCCGUAUGCACCAAAGCUUGAUGUCUUGUUGCUGCUGCUAGAACAGCAUGAUUUGACUUAUUUAUCAGCUUGUUUGUUGAAUGAAACCCUGGUGGUGUGUGUUUGAUGGCAAGUGCUGUUCUAGUGAGGGGAAUAUAUGUGUGUUUUUGUUUUUCAUUUCUUAGCAAGAUGUACAGGGUGAUGAAUGAAGUUUAGUUACAUAUUUAUCUAUGGCCUUUACCUUGUUAAAGGGAUAUUUCAGCUCAAAAUGAACGUUUUCUUACUUGUUGCUUCUGUUGAACACAAAAGAAGAUAUUUUGAAGUAUGCUGGGGGCCAUUUUUACUAUUAUUUCAAUGGCUACUGAAUUCCAACUUUCUUCGAAAUGCCUUCUUAGGAGUUCAGCAGAAAAAAAAGAAACUUUGAAUCAAUCUGAGAGUGAGUAAAUGUUAAUUUUUGGGUGAACUGUCCCUUUAUAGUUAUUAUGUGUCCACAUAACAUGCCACAAGAAGUAUUUCAAGCUGCUACUAAUCUCUCAGGACUCGGUCUAUAUAUAAUACAGGAAACACAAACUAAAUAAACAGAUAAAAUUACAGGGAAGUGGACGUGGAGACAACCAGGUGUCCUGCACGGUACUUACAAGGAAGUUCUUCGCUACUGCUAUCACCUCAAUGUUGUUACGAUGCUGUGAGCAGGAAGGUCUGACUUUAUCAGUCCACUGUAAACACACACACACACACACACAAAGUGUUUUUUGUUAGUUUCUGAUGUCACAUUUUUCAUGUAUUGUAGCUGUGUUGUUAUUGUCUAGAUGCUAUUCUCUCAGCUAAUAAGGUUAUGUUAAAGCUGUGCGCAAACACUCAUCAAGUCACAUUAAUUGAAUGUUCAAUUUAAUUGUCUGCUCAGAUUCUUGAAUUAACAUUCUUAUAUGGUUUGCACAAAGUUAUGCAUUGAACAUCCCAUUAAUGUUCUCUUUAACGUUUGCCUAACGUCUGUAGGAAAUAGAGAACCAGAAAAACAUUCUUAGGACAUAUUUUGUUAGCUGGGAUUAUUCUAUAGAGAGAGAAACAAAAAAACUUGAAGUAAAGCUCUUAUUAUUUGUCUGGCUUUGUUCCUAGAUCAUGUGUCAAGCACUUUUAGUGUCACACCACGUUGUUAGUGAAGAAACACACACCACAAGACAUCUGAUCAGCCCUGUGACUGCAUUGCCUAAUAUUACAGAAAGGUGUAGAAUAAGGGAAAAUUAAUCACUCCAUUUCUACUAAACUAAGGAAAACACCAAAUCUUCUCACAAUAUUUUCCCUUAUGUUUUUGAGUUUGGUCUCCGUUUAUGUUCUGUCAUGUACUGAAAUUUUAAGUGACGCUGGCGUCAUCUAGUUUGUUUGUUUCCCUUCUUUUUGUUUGUAUUCAUGCAAAACAGGCAUGCCACAAAAUGUGGUACUACUGACAUUAAAUGUAUAUUAAAAAACAAAGCUAUGCUUCCUACUUCACCCAUCAUGUCAAUGCUGUUGACGCCAAUAAGUGCAAUUGCUUCCAAAAGUCAUGAUUGAAGAGAUGAUAGCCUGUCAAAUUCAAUUAAUUAUUUAUAUGAAAUAUGUAUGGCUUCAUUUUGACUGUCUGUUGUUUGUUUUUGAUACUUUAUUAAUAAAAAACUAUACCACUUGA